CUAUUAAAAAGACUAAGGGAUGAGCCAUUUUGUUUGCCUAAAUGCAUUUCAUUUCCAUCGUCACACACAUAUUGAGACAGGUAAACAAACUCUGGAUUCAACAUGACCCUACAGGAGGAGGUGAGAAACCCUAAGUUUUGGCGGGGCAUACUGGCUGAGAUGAUAGGCUCUCUGGUUUUUGUAUCAGUUGUAUUGGGCUCUUCACUAUCAGGGCUUGAGGGUGUCUCUUCCGGACCUUUGUACCCAGCGCUGGCAGCAGGUAUGGCUGCGGUCUGCCUAGGACAUUGUUUUAAAAAGAUCAGUGGCGCUCAGGUGAACCCUGCUGUAACUUUGGCUUUAUUAGCUACACGGAAACUGGAUGCUUUAAGGGCGAUGAUCUAUGUGUUUGCCCAGUGUUUAGGAGCGACUGUAGGAGCUGGGAUUCUCUACUUGGUCUUACCAUUAAAAUCUGCAGCUGAUAUUUAUGUCAACAAGGUACCAAUGGAGGGAAAUGCAGGCCAGGCUUUGGGGAUGGAGGUACUCAUUACCUUCCAAUUGGUCUUUACCAUCUUCUCAGUAGAGGAUCAGCGCAAGAGAGAGGAAUGUGAACCUGGCAACUUGGCCAUUGGCUGCUCCAUUAGUGCAGGGAUUUUUACUGCAGGCAAAAUCUCUGGAGGCAGCAUGAACCCUGCUAGGUCUCUUGGACCUGCAAUUAUAGUUGGAUACUGGGAGCACCAUUGGGUGUAUUGGAUUGGGCCAGUGUUUGGUGCUGUGUUAGCUGGCAUGGCUCAUGAAUUCUUUUUUGCUCCAAGUGCCUCAAGGCAGAAGCUGGUAUCGUGUAUCACCUGCAAAGACAUUGAAAUGUUAGACACAGCUAGCAUGUCCCAUUCAUCUCUGUCAACCAUCACACACACAGCUGUGAGAGCCAAGCAGAGUGGCAAACUUGACCACAGCUGAAUUUUUUUUUUUACUAUAUGAUAACCUGCUUCCUUAGAUUUAUAAUGUAA